AUGUGGGAGAGAGAAGGGGGUUGGAGGGGGGGAGAGAGAGUAAGAGAAGGGAAAAAAGGGAGGCAACGGCGGCGGAAGGUGAGGAAGGUCUGUUGGUGGGGGGGAUGGGUUUGGGGUGGAGAGUGGAGAGUGGAGAGUGGCUUGCGGUGGUGGUCAUGGGGGAGAAGAAAAUGGGUGGUUGCGGGCUGGGGUUCUGGGGUGGGGGGCAGAGAGAGGAGCAAAAGAAAUACCGAGGUCAAGGAAAACAGCUAA